UCACCAUGGCUGGCUUCGUCUACCGCAAGAACCGGGUCCCGGAAUACCAAGCCCUCUUUCAAAAGCACGAUGGUGUUCGACAAUGGUGGAAGACACCCCGCAGUCCGUUCAUCAUGUAUCCGUACUAUGCGAUGCUCUGGACUGGAUUUGCCGGCAGCAUGUACAUGAUGGGCCGCACUGUUCUGGGCCACAAGACUUGGUUCAGCGAGGGUUAGAGCGGAGGCAUACCUGAUGACCGCGCAAGCACUGCACUCGGGUUUUGGAGAGUCGGUAGCUACCC